AUGACAUCAUCCUCACGGCGUCCGCCCCCCGAUCUCCUUCAGCGGCUGACUGCUUGUCUUCGUGAUGAGUUCGCCCUUAAGGACUUGGGGCCCCUGCACUACUUUCUCGGCAUCGAGGUGAUCCGCCGAGCUGACGGUUUCUUUCUGCAUCAGCAGAAGUACGCCCACGAGCUCCUUGAGCGUGCCAGUAUGCUUAACUGCAAGCCGGCGCCCACCCCCGUCGACAAGAAGGCGAAGUACGCCGUCCAGCAGGUGUGCCUCCACAUGCACGCCCCGCGUGACUCUCACUGGACUCUGGUGAAGCGUAUUCUCCGUUACAUAUGCGGCACCAUGUCCUUGGGACUCACCCUGACGGCCUCCGCCUCCACCGACCUCGUGGCCUACUCGGAUGCCGACUAG